GGCAGCGGCGGAGGAGGCCGCGUGGAGUUGCUGGUCUUCGGCUACGCCUGCAAGCUGUUCCGCGACGACGAGAAGGCGCUGCAGCAGGAGCAAGGCCGCCACCUCAUCCCUUGGAUGGGCGACGCCUCCAUCAUGAUCGAUAGCCGUAUGGCUAGGGGCCGAGCCUAGCCAUGAUUUUACCUCCAAUGGACGCAAGUUUCUUUGGUGAAGAUUUCUCCUGAGAAUUCGAGGCUAGCAGAAAGAAGCGAGGAAAUUGCCACCGUUUGGUUCUUACGGAUAGGUAUUUAUGUAUUUGGGUUUGUGUAAAUGUAAGCUAUUUUGACUUUCCAGGAAAAAAAAAGUGUUUUGGCAAGGGAGUUUUGAAUGGUUGAACCAUAAACGGUAAGAACGGUAAAGGAAUCGUUUCCUCUUUAAAUUAAGUUAUUUUGCUUUUAAUCAUACUAGUCCUUUAAUGGGGAGCCAAGACCUUUUUUUAAAAAAAAUAAAAAAAGAAUUUUAUAGUGGGCAAGAAGUGAUUAGUCAGAUUAAAUUAGUCUGAAGUUAACUGAAUUUUUUUUUUCAAUUUUAUGUGGUAAGUAUUUGUGUCGUGGCAGAAACCCAAGUCCAAAGUUUUUCCACUGACCAUUCUUUUCGUGUUGCAGGUAUGAUGGGCGUGGUCACCUACAUGACCUUUCUGAAUAUGAUGCUGAGUAUUCCACAUGGAACAGAGAUUACCAGUUGUCUGAAGAGGAGGCUAGAAUAGAAGCCCUCUGUGAUGAAGAGAGAGGAAGAAUACAAGAGGUUGAGCGAAGCUUUGGCGGAAGAUGGCACCUAUAAUGCAGUGGGAUUCACUUACAGUAGUGAUUAUUAUGAUCCUUCUGAACCCACUGAGGAGGAGGAACAGCCUUCAAAAGCAAAAUUUGCUGCAACCACCAUAGAAAACGUAGAAGAAAAUGAAGAACCUUUUAUUGCCCCCGCGGGAUUGAAUGUACCCUCUGAUGUGGAACUGCCACCAACAGCCAAAAUGCAUGCGAUCAUAGAACGGACGGCCAAUUUUGUCUGCAAGCAGGGAGCCCAGUUUGAGAUCAUGCUGAAAGCAAAGCAGGCUCGGAACUCCCAGUUUGACUUUCUGCGGUUUGACCACUACCUCAAUCCUUACUACAAAUUUAUUCAGAAAGCGAUGAAGGAGGGACGAUAUGCGGCAGCAUCGGAAAAGAAAAAAGAGGAGGAGAAGAGAGCGCAAAAUGCUGCCGAUCAAGAUGACGAUGACGACGACGACGAUGAUGGAGAUAACUACCUACAUCCAAGCCUCUUUGCAUCUAAAAAGCAUAACCGACUUGAGGAGCUUAUGAAGCCUUUAAAGGUGGUAGAUCCUGAUCACCCACUGGCUGUGCUUGUUCGCAAGGCUCAAGCUGAUAACAACUUGGCCGCUCAGCAGUCAACAGAGGGAACAGCUGUUCAGCCAUCGCAAAUAGAAUAUCCAUCAGAUCCUGCCGUGGCAGCCAUGUAUUACAGUUACUACAUGCUGCCAGAUGGAACGUACUGCCUUGCCCCUCCACCCCCUGGCAUCGAUGUUGCCACUUACUACAGUGGGUUGCCGGCAGGGGUGACAGUCUCGAGCACUACGGGAGUUGCAACAAUAACGGCGCCUCCCCCUCCUGGCACGACACCUCCGCCACCUUCGGAGGCAGCUGAUGACAGCAGCGUAGCCAUGCCUGCCGCAACUUCUGUGAGCACCAUCCCUCCAGUGGUUGCCAUCAUCCCUCCACCCCCGGACAUCCAGCCUGUAAUUGACAAGCUGGCUGAAUACGUUGCAAGGAACGGGAUUAAAUUUGAGACCAGCGUUCGUGCCAAGAAUGAUCCAAGGUUUGAAUUCCUCCAGCCAUGGCACCAGUACAACGCUUACUAUGAAUUUAAGAAAAGAUUCUUCCUCCAGAAAGAGGCCAGCGACAGCUCAAAGCAGGUUAUACCUUCACCAGAGGAUGCUCCUGUUGAUCCUGCCAAUGGCGCACCUUCAGAAGCUCAGUUUCCUGCCGACUCUGGAUCUGAGGAUGCCGAUGCUGAUGGUCAAGGGAGUAAUAAAAAGGACCUAACUGCCAGCAAACUUGCCAGUGAUGGCAAACUGAUUAAAGCAUCAUUUGCACCAAUAAGCUUUGCAAUCAAAGCCAAAGAAAAUGACCUGCUUCCCUUGGAGAAAAACCGGGUGAAGCUUGAUGACGACAGCGACGAGGAGGGAGAAGAAGGAAAGGAAGGCCACGAAAACACACACGGCACGUCCAAUAGCAGUGUGGUGUUUGCCAUGUCCAGUAACGCCGCUGAAGAGAAGAAGCCUCAGCUUACGCAGGAGGAGCUGGAAGCCAAGCAAGCCAAACAGAAACUAGAGGACCGGUUGGCAGCUGCUGCAAGGGAAAAGCUAGCCCAAGCCUCCAAGGAAUCAAAAGAGAAGCAGCUUCAGGCAGAACGGAAAAGAAAGGCUGCCCUGUUCUUGCAGAACCUGAAGAAUCCCCUGGCUGAAGCAGAGGUGGAGAAAAUGGAGGAGAAUGCCUUUAAUCUAGAGACUGUCAGUAGCAUACCAUGUGCUCUGUUGACCAGCGUCAGGACGUUACCAACCUUGGAAAUGAGCAUAUCAGAAAGGCCAUCGAGCAAAAACAGAGAUCUUCCCAGAGAGGAAGAAAAGGAAAAGAAGAAAAAGAAGCACAAGAAAAGAUCCCGGUCGAGAUCCCGGUCACCCCCUUCCAAGUAUCAUUCGUCCUCAAAGUCCAGGUCUAGAUCCCAUUCAAAAGCCAAGCAUUCACUUCCCACCGCAUACAGAACUGUCCGGCAUUCCAGACUCCCAGAAUCCACAGGGACAUUGAGCACGGAGCCGUGGCUGAGCAGCCCAUCAGUGGGAGCCGCAGCAGAGCGCGGGAGUUGUCAGGCAGCCUCGACAGCGCAAAGAUAUGACUGCUGGAGCUCAUUUGAGGGAGAUCCCGGUAAAACGUCAAGAUCUCGCUCUAGAUCACCCCGGAGAAGGGCCCACACACCUGAACGGCGUAGAGAAGAAAGGUGUGUCCCAACAGCUUACCGUGUUAGCAACAGUCCAGGAAUGAGCAGGAGACGCUCCAGAAGUCCUCACGAAAAGAAGAAAAGGAGAUCUCACUCCCACACGAAGUCCAAAGCAAGAUCUCAUUCGCCCUCCGUCUCGCCAGGCAAGCAGGCCGCACUUAAGAACGCCACCCAUUCAGCCAGCGUCUCUCCUGUGGAGAGCAGAGGAUCCAGCCAAGAACGGUCCAGGGGUGUUUCUUUGGAAAAAGACGGCCAGAUCUCUUCAGCCAUUGUGUCAUCCGUUCAGAGUAAAAUAACUCAGGAUCUUAUGGCCAAAGUGAGGGCUAUGCUUGCAGCUUCCAAAAACAUCCCAACCAGUGCCUCCUGAGACCGAUUCUCCAGCAGACGUUUUGCACCUGGAAGCUUUGUUCAGAUGGCUCCCAGCAUCUCUUUUUUCUGAGAGCGGAUUUACAUGUACAGAAGGGAGUCCCUUUGGACCUCUGAUACACUUCCCACAUGGAACGUCCCAUCGAUAAGAAGCCUUGUGUCCGGGGGUGGGGGUGGGGGGGCGGGAUUGUAAAUUAAUUUUGGACCGGUUUUUCAGUAACAUUUUGCAAUGGAAGGGGUCUGUACAUUUGUAAAUACAAUGUUUCUGUAAGUGUUAACUCAAUAAAAAUGCAGAGGAACCCUUUUUAUUA